AUGAAGCUCUUUGUUCUUCUCAUCACCCUGAUUGCUCUCAAACCAACCCAUGUGGUCGGGAUCGAAUCUGUUGUAUUUGACAACACCAGCGGCACCCCGGACACUAGGUUCAAGCAUGAGAUCGGGGUGUCUUACGCUGGCUUAACUCUUUUUGAGGCUUCGAACUUCGUUUUGAAGACUUUCAAGCAAACCCUAGGAGGAGGGCAGAACUACACGUUUAUAGAGGCAACCGUCACGAGCUUUCAGGGAAGUGGACUCGGAAGCUACCCCCUCCAAGUCGCCAUUACCGGAGGCAACCAGAUUCUUCUAAACGCCGACUAUGUUGAGGCUUAUAUUGGUGACGUAAAAGCCGAGUUCACUGGAAUUCUGUAUCAUGAAAGCACGCGCGUUUGGCAAUGGACUGCCAAUGGUGCCGCCCCGAGCGGCCUUAUCACUGGCAUUGCUGAUUACAUCAGGUUGACCUCGGGAUGGCCGUCGAAGAAUUGGGUACCAAGGGGGUCGGGCUCGAGUUGGGACGAAGGAUAUGCUGUUACAGCAUACUUUCUGGAGUACUGUAGCGGACUCAGAGACGGAUUCAUUGCCGACCUAAAUGCCAUGAUGAAGUAUUACUAUAGCGAUGCUUUCUUCGUGCAGCUGCUCGGGAAGUCUGUGUACGAAUUGUGGGAUGACUACAAACUACAAUAUGGAGGCAACCCACCGGCACCUGCGCUGGCACCGGGUUCAGGAUAUUAA